GCUGAUUUACAUCCACUUUCAACAUCCAUACACACCAACACCACGAUGAGGCCAUGCCUCGGAAGAUACCCAUACAAAGUAUCCUGCCACAGAUCAACAGCCAUAUAUCCACUAGGCAUAUCGCCUCUUGUGCCCGGCUACGUCGACAAAGACAAUUAGACUACCUCGCACCCUUCCGACGUCCUGCCAAUCCCCCGUAUUCACCGCUUAAUGACAAGCUUCGAAAUGUCUUGCAAACGCAUGGGCACCCCGCAGCAUCCCCAGCGGGCGAUGUCCCAUAUGAAACAGCGUCGACUGCUCCUGUAGCAACUUCACUACAAGAAGUGCCGGCCCAUGAGGAAGCGAGUCGAGUCGUAGACCCUCUUCCUGCCAUGAAGGAUGCUUCUGCGGCAAAGGAAGAGCACGCUAAAGAAAAAAUGAAAGCAAGAACUAAGGAAAUGAUUGUCCAAGGCAUUGCUGUUCCUCCGAAACCUAUACCUCCAGGCGAAGAAGAAUGCUGCAUGUCAGGCUGCGUCAACUGUGUCUAUAUAACCUACUCUGAAGAUUUGCAAGGAUAUAUUGAGGCCCUCGACGCGGCUCGUGAAGCCCUCGAAGCUGCACGUAUCCCCAGAACAGAGUGGCCCGACGAAAUAGCCAAGCAAGGGAGAGGGGAGGACAUUAAGGGUGAAGAGGUCCGGAAGACGGAAGACGCAAUGGACCCUUCAAUGAAUGCAUUCUUUGCGUUGGAAAACAAACUGAAGAAGAAACAAGCGCCAGAAAGUAAUGCGGCCUCGUAGGAGCGGUUUCUCUGCCAUUGAGAGGUAGAUUAUUACACACUUAGAUGGAGCAUCCUUGCAUGAGCAUCAUAUCAUAUCGCACAUCAUUGCAUUAUACAAAUAUUAAGCAUGCAUGUAAUGACAAAACCGAAA